AUGGUUUCUUCUUCUUCUUCUUCACCAUCGGAAGUAAAGAUUAUCUCGGAAUGCUUCGUGAAACCCAAAACCCUCCCUGAAAAAUGGAAAGAGUCAUACCAUUUAACAGCAACGGAGCAUGUGCUGCUUCCAUUUCAAUACAUCCAAAAGGGUCUUCUCUUUCUCAAACCAUCAAUUCCUGAGUCUGAUGAUGCAAUACUCAAACAGAAAGAUUUCAUGGAGACUUGGCUGCUUAAGCUUAAAGACUCUCUAGCCACAACACUCUUCCAUUUCUAUCCGCUCGCUGGUCGGUUCUCGACUUUGGAAACCGACAAUCCAAGAUCUCACUCGGUGUUUGUAGACUGUAAUAACAGCCCUGGAGCUGGAUUCAUCUAUGCCACAUCGGAUCUUAGUGUAUCAGACAUUGUUGAGCCCAAAUAUAUUCCUUUGGUUGUUCAAUCUUUCUUUGACCAUCACAAAGCUGUGAACCGCGAUGGUCACACCACGAGUCUCUUAUCAGUCAAGGUAACAGAAUUGGUAGAUGGAGUGUUCAUAGGAAUGUCUAUGAACCAUUCGAUUGGAGAUGGAAGUUCCUUCUGGCAGUUCUUUAACUCUUUCUCUCAGAUCUUCAAUUCACAUGAAGAAACCAUUGAUAACAACAACAAACUGUUUUGUCUCAAGAACCCACCAAUCUUUCGUGAAGUGUCCGGUCCUAUUUACAGCCUUCCCUACAGUAAACCUAAUGAGUCGUCGAGUCAAGGAAUGGAAUCUCCUCCGGCUCUCAAGCAGAGAAUGUUCCAUUUCUCAUCUGAAACAUUGACAUCACUGAAAGCAAAGGCGAAUCAAGAUUGCGGAACAACAGAAAUCUCUUCUUUGCAGUCCUUAUCCGCAUUUAUGUGGAGAAGCAUCACAAGAGCAAGGAAGCUACCAAACGAUCAAGAAACUAGUUGCAGGCUUGCCGUUGGCAUCAGAUCAAGAAUGGAUCCACCAUUGCCGGUGGAUCUCUUUGGAGUUUACAUCUCUGUCGCGACAACUACUACCAAAACUGGUAAUCUGUUGGAGAACGAGUUAGGAUGGGCUGCUUCAAAAGUGCAUCAAGUUGUGACCGAACAAACAAGCGAAAAGAUCUCUUCCGCCUUGGAUCGAUACCUGAAGCUGACUCCUUCUGAUAUCAGUGUAAAGCGACUUUUCCCACCGACCCUUGUUCAUAUGGGAAGCUCUCCGAGGUUUAACAAGUACGGAUGCGAGUUUGGGAUGGGGAAAGCAGUGGCGGCCAGAAGCGGUUACUGCGGUAAGUAUGACGGGAAGGUAUCAGCUUAUCCGGGAAGAGAAGGAGGAGGAAGCAUAGAUUUGGAAGUGUGUCUUCUUCCACAGUUUAUGAAGCUUUGGAAUCAGAUCAAGAGUUCAUGUCCCUUGUUGAUCCUGUUCCUAUUUUCUAGGUACAAAACGAAAGUUGUUUCCUGUUUGUGUCUCUUUGUUCUGUUACUCUGUUUUGUUCGGUUUCCUACUGCUGUUGUUUGA